AUGGGGCCUGAUCCAGGUUGUUGGACUUGUGGAGGAAGGCUAUCUCAGGUCACUUGUGCUACCCUUAGAGACACGUGCUGCCACCUCCUUGCAGCUCAGUCAGCUCGACCAAGCGGACAAGUCAAGUUGCGGCAUAAUCUUGAAGUUCUCAAGGAUCAUCCAGGAGCUGUCUCAAAACGACACCAUUCCAUUAAUUCAGUACGACGCCGUUUCAGCAUUCACUCACAACAUAUCAGAAUCGCCUCUUUUAACAAAUCUGUUUUGGUUUUAAUUUGGUCAUGUUUUCGUGUCGUGAUUGUCAAAGUAUAUCCUUUCUGGAUUCAGCUUGUCUAUUUCUUAAUUUCCUCUUUAGCAGGAUACUUAGCUUUGAGGUUCUCAAAUCCAAGAACCUCCUUUCGCCCAAAAAACUUUGAUUUAUUCUUCACCUCCGUGUCCGCAUUGACAAAUUCAAGCAUGUCAACAAUCGAAAUGGAGGUUUUCUCUCACUUUCAACUCAUCGUUUUGAUCGUUUUGAUGCUUAUAGGUGGAGAAGUUUUCGUCUCCUGGCUUGAACUUUAUGUACGUUACAAGUUUCCCAGAAAUCAUUUCCUUGGAAAUAGAGUCGGUUCAGAUUAUAACAUCGACCUUUCUUCUUUACAAAACGCAAAUUUUCAAGACCAAAUUGAGCUGGGUUUGGCACAUUCUUCACAUACACAAAACCAGAAUCAAAAUAUUAUUACAAAUACUAAUAGCUCAGAAGAUGAUAAUGAAAAUUCUUCAACUCAUAAUUCAAUUAAAUAUUUGUUUUAUGUAGUACUAGGUUAUCUUUUAGUUGUUCAUGUAGGUGGAAUUAGUCUAGUUUUUUUGUAUAUAAGCCUUGUUCAAAAUGCAAAAGAAGUACUAAAAAACAAGGGCCUUCAUACGCUAACAUUUUCUGUAUUCUUAAUUGUUUCAACUUUCUCAAACUCUGGACUCGUCCCUACCAAUGAAAACGUGAUGGUUUUUAAUACAAAUCCAGGCCUUCUUUGGGUUCUAAUCCCACAAAUCGUCCUUGGCAACACAUUGUAUCCAUCUUUCCUGCGACUUCUCAUCUGGGUUUUGAAGAAGGUGACAAACCAAGGGGAGUUUGAAUACAUGUUGAAGAAUUACAAAGAGAUUGGCUAUCGCCACAUGCUAUCUGGCGUUUAUUCUUCUCUUCUUGGUGUUACGGCAUUUGGGUUCAUAUUUCUUCAGUUUGUGCUGUUUUGUGCCUCGGAAUGGAAUUCAGUAGCCAUGGAUGGUAUGAAUGCCUACCAGAAAGUCGUUGCUUCAUUGUUUCAAGUGGUUGAUUCGAGGCAUACUGGUGAAUCUGUGUUUGAUCUCUCCAUAAUUUCUCCAGCGAUGAUGACGCUCUUCGUUGUUAUGAUGUAUCUCCCACCUUAUACAUCAUUUUUUACCAAGAAAUAUCAAGAAAAGGAUUCAGAAAAUUGCAAACCGAAAGAAAAUGAAAAGAAGGGUUUUGUGGAGAGUCUGAUAUUGUCACAACUUUCCUAUUUAGUCAUGGGAAUCAUCAUAAUCUGCAUCACUGAGAGAGACAAAAUUAAGAACGACCCCCUCAACUUCAAUGUGUUAAACAUCACAUUAGAAGUUAUGAGUGCAUAUGGGAAUGUUGGGUUCUCAACUGGGUACAGUUGUAAACGGCAACUGAAACCUGACAGCUCCUGCAAGGAUACUUGGUAUGGAUUUGUUGGAAGAUGGAGUACCGGAGAAAAAUUAAUGCUCAUUAUAAUCAUGUUCUUUGGAAGGCUAAAGAAAUUCAACAUGAAAGGUGGUAAAUCCUGGAAGCUCUCCUAGCUACUAGCAAGUCUUUAAUUAUCUGGUAUAGAUGUAAUUUGCAACCGGGGAGCAACGUAGUGUAACCUUAAGUUAUUGACUUCUAGCGUU